CAUAUUCUUUUCUUCACCCAUUCACAAUCAACCACAAUUUUCUCUCUCUAAAACCAGAAGAGAGGGAAAGAGAAAGAGGAUUCGGAAAUGUGUCCGCUCAGAAUAAUUUUGAUCUUCCUCUCUGCAACCCUCGCCGGAUUCUUCGUUCUCAGAAACUUCAACUCCUCGCCUGACCUUUCAAACGACGUCGUCGAAGAAGAAUCCGACUCCUCUGAUUCCACCCCUCUCUCUUCCAAGGUUUGCACGGCGUUUGGGAAGGGAUUUUGGACUUGCGUGGACAUGGCAAGCGGCCGGUACCUGUGGAGGAAUUUGGUUUCAUCGAGAUCUUCGACAACGGCCAAGCUUUCUGCUGAUUAAUUCAAUUGGUAAUGUUGUAAUUGGCCACAGAGGUGAUUCUGUUGUGGUCAUUUCUUGUGACUGUGUGUCGAUUCUCGAUGAUGAACCCUUCAAAAUUUAUACACGAGUAAUUUUUUUAUAUAGAGAGCUCAUAUAACGUGCACCAUGAAUUGUACUACCACUGUGCUGAUGGUAUGAAAUGAUGAUUAUUUGUAUAGUUUCAGUUUAUACAAUGCAUAUCCCUUUCUUA